GGAGACAAAAUGGCGUCCGGCUGGUGCCGGAGCCUGGGGCUGCUCCGGGCCACUUAGAGCCGAGCCGGGCCGGCCGCAGGGGCAGGUGGCGGCGGCGGCGCAGCUUUCUCCAUCUGCAGGACACCGUUCACACGAGAGAACAGUCUCUUCUUUGAAGAGUUUGCAGUUCAGGGCUCAUGUAAUCACAGGAGUUUCUUUGUUGUGUGUAUCUUUUCAGAACACAACAGGAAUUCAAAAUGAAUCAGAACACAACUGAAUCUGCAGGAGCAGCUGAGACCUUGGCCGAUGUACCUGAACAUGUGCUUAAAGGACUUCCUGAGGAAGUGAGGCUUUUCCCAUCUGCUGUUGACAAGACACGGCUUGGUGUCUGGGCAACAAAGUCAAUUUUAAAAGGCAAAAAAUUCGGACCAUUUGUUGGUGACAAGAAAAAAAGAUCCCAAGUUAAGAGCAAUGUUUACAUGUGGGAGGUAUAUUACCCAAACUUGGGAUGGAUGUGUGUUGAUGCAACUGAUCCAAGGAAAGGAAAUUGGCUGCGAUAUGUGAACUGGGCUCUUUCAGGAAAGGAGCAAAAUCUAUUCCCUUUGGAGAUCAACAGGACCAUUUACUACAAAACCUUAAAGCCAAUUGAGCCCGGCGACGAGCUGCUGGUCUGGUACAAUGGGGAAGACAACCCAGAGAUAGCAGCUGCUAUUGAGGAAGAGCGAGCCACCCACCGGAGCAAGAAGAACUCCCCGAAAGCCAAGAAAGGGAAGAAAAAGGAGUGUAAAAACAAAGGAAGGAAGGCAAUAGAUACAAAGCAGAGAAAGACUGAUUUGGAUUUUACUUCCACAGAUAUGAGGGAGUCUAAAAAAGACUAUAAAGAGGAAGAUGAAAAGCCAUCUGUUUCUGCUGUGCUGUCACUGGAACAAACAGCUGUGAUUCAGGAGAUGGUAAAUCAAGAUGUUCUUCCAAAACUAAUGAUCCCAAGUCCUACCAGUGAGCCACGAACAAUGUCUGAAGACAAACCAGGAGCAAUAACUUGUGGAUCAGAUGAUUUGGAGGAGGAGGAGGAGGAGGAAGAUGAGGAGGAGGAGGAAGAUGAGGAGGAGGAGGAAGAUGAGGAGGAGGAUGCUAAUUUACCUGAAGAAAGUUCUGGAAAAGAGCCUACAGCGGUGUGUGAAGAAAAGCUAGACUCUAUGGAGGAACAAAACAGCAUAUCGGAAGAAUCUCCAGAGAACUCCCCGAAGAAAACACCUGUUGUAAAAAUUCCUAAAGCAAAAGGUGUAUCUAAUGGUGACCUCCAGGAAACAUUUAUGUUUCCCUGUCAGCAUUGUGAGAGGAAGUUUACAACAAAGCAAGGACUUGAACGCCACAUGCAUAUUCAUAUAUCUAGUGUCAAUCAUGCUUUCAAAUGCCGAUACUGUGGGAAAGCCUUUGGCACUCAAAUUAACCGGCGAAGGCAUGAACGGCGUCAUGAAGCAGGGCCAAAAAGGAAACCGUUCUUAACACUAACUUCGGCCCCGCAGUCUGAUGUUGCUGAUGGACGGACAUUUGCAGAUGAUGGUCUUAAAGAUGAAGUCAACGUUUCCAAUCUGGUGCAAGACUUCACAGUCUUGGAUUCUGAGAAGGUCUCCCAAGAAAUGUCAAAUUCUACCUUUGUUGAGGAGAACAAGGAACCCAAAGAAUUGCAUCCUUGCAAAUAUUGUAAAAAAGUUUUUGGAACUCAUACUAACAUGCGUAGGCACCAGCGUAGGGUUCAUGAGCGUCAUCUUAUUCCCAAAGGUGUCAGGAGAAAAGGAUUCAUUCUUGAGGAACCACAACUUCAAAUUGAGCAGGCCCAACCAGCCCAGAGCGUGUAUAUAGCAAGUACAGAAUUAGAAGAGGAUGGUGAAGCAGAUGACAUAUAUAUUAUGGAUAUUUCUAGCAAUAUCUCAGAAAAUUUAAAUUACUAUAUUGAUGGUAAAAUUCAGUCCAACAGUAGCACUAGCAAUUGUGAUGUGAUUGAGAUGGAAUCCAAUCCUGCAGACCUGUAUGGAAUAAAUUGUUUACUUAGUCCAGUCACAGUGGAAAUUUCUCAAAAUUUAAAGUCUACACAAACACACAUCACUGAUCUUCCUAAGGAGCCUUCUAGCGGUGGAAGCAAUGAAUCCAAAAAGAGGAGGACUGCCAGCCCUCCUCUUUUACCUAAAAUAAAAACUGAAAUAGAUCCAGAACCUAUAACUCCUUCAUGUUCGUUAAGUCUUCCUCUUAGCAUUUCAACAGCUGAGAGCUUACCUUUUCAUAAAGAAAAAAGUGUUUAUUUGUCGUCCAAGUUAAAACAACUUCUUCAGACACAAGAUAGUAAUAAGAUAACUCCAGCAGCAGCAGCAGCAACUGAAAUCCCUAAAUUAGGUCCUUCUGCUACAUCUUCACCCAUUUUGCCUUCAGUAUCUAGUAGGUUUAAAAGGAGAACCAGCUCUCCUCCCAGUUCUCCACAGCACAGUCCUGCGCUUCGAGACUUCAGCAAACAAGGUGAUGGAAAAAACAUGUGGAAUGAUACAGUUAUAGGUUCAAAGAUGCCAAAAUUAGAAAGUCACAGCAACUCACCUGCAUGGAGCUUAUGUGGGAGGGAGGAAAGACAGACUAUGAGUCCUCUGUGCUUUGAAGACUAUAAAAUAUCUAAGGAAUGGACAACAACUCCAACUUUUGGUAGUGUGUGCAACCAGCAGCCACUGGAUUUAUCUAGUGGUGUAAAACAAAGGUCUGAUGUCAAAAGCAAGACUCAGGUUCCUUGGGAAUCAGUGUUGGAUCUAAGUGUGAAUAAGAAGCCAUAUAGUGACACUGAAGUUAAGGAAUACAAAGAAAAUAAUUCAGUGCAGCCAGCAUGUAGUGGUAUUAAAAAGAAGAAACCAACCACAUGCAUGUUACAAAAAGUUCUGCUGAAUGAAUAUAACGGAACGGAUGUAGCUACUGAAAGCACACCAGAUUUGACUUUGAAUAGAAGCCCAAGUCCAUGUAAAUCAGCAGUACCCCAGCCAGAAACUGAAGUUGAUCGUGGUCUGUCAGCACCUACUGUUGAGUCCCCUUCUCAUAGUUCCUCUGCUUCCCCUUUGCCUCAAACAUCUGCUAUAUCCUCCUCAUGUCAGUUGCCCCCUCUUCUAACGCCAACAAAUCCUUCCUCCCCACCACCCUGUCCUCCUCUAUUAACACUUGCUAUGCCACCCCCUCCACUCCUUCCUACUAUUCCUUUACCACUUCCAGAUGCCUCUGCCAGUGUCACUCCCAGUCCGUGCCCAUCACCACUCUGUAACACUGCUACACAGUCCCCACUUCCAGUCCUUUCACCUACAGUAUCUCCUUCUCCAUCCCCUGUUCCUUCUGUUGAACUUUUUACUACUGCAUCACCUGGUCCUCCAAACCUCUCCUCCUCCUCCUCGUCCUCAUCGUCAUCCUCAUCUUCCUCUUCUUUCUCCUCGUCGUCGUCCUCGUCCUCGUCGUCCUCCUCCUCCUCUUCUUCCUCUUCCUCUUCCUCUUUCUCAUCUCCUUCUCCUCCUCCUCUUUCAGUAGUUUCUUCAGUUGUUUCCCCUGCUGAUAAUCUGGAAAGUACUCUCCCCAUAAUAGCUUUUAAACAAGAGGAAAUGGAAAGUGAGCACCUGAAGCCAAGAGGCGAUCCAGAGACUUCAAGUGAAGCAGAUGUAGUUCAGGAAACGUUCAAUAAAAGCUUUGUGUGCAAUGUCUGUGAAUCACCUUUUCUUUCUAUUAAAGACCUAACUAAGCAUUUAUCUGUUCAUGCUGAAGAAUGGCCCUUCAAAUGUGAAUUCUGCGUACAGCUAUUUAGAGAGAAAACUGACUUGUCAGAACAUCGCUUUUUGCUUCAUGGAGUAGGAAAUAUCUUUGUAUGCUCAGUCUGUAAAAAGGAAUUUGCCUUUUUGUGCAAUUUGCAACAACAUCAGCGAGAUCUCCAUCCAGACAAAGAAUGCACACAUCAUGAGUUUGAAAGUGGGACUCUAAGACCCCAGAAUUUUACAGAUCCCAGUAAGGCAAAUGUAGAACAUAUGCAAAGCCUACCAGAAGUUUCCUUAGAACCCUCAAAAGAAGAGGAGGAAGAUCUAAAUGACUCCUCUGAAGAGCUUUAUACUACCAUAAAAAUAAUGGCUUCGGGAGUAAAGUCAAAAGAUCCAGAUGUUCGUUUGGGCCUCAAUCAACACUAUCCGAGCUUUAAACCACCUCCAUUUCAGUAUCACCACCGAAAUCCUAUGGGUAUUGGAGCCACUGCUACAAAUUUCACUACCCAUAAUAUUCCACAGACCUUUACUACUGCCAUUCGUUGUACAAAAUGUGGGAAAAGCGUUGAUAACAUGCCUGAAUUACACAAACACAUCUUGGCAUGUGCCUCUGCCAGUGACAAAAAGAGAUACACACCCAAAAAAAAUCCAGUACCACUGAAGCAGACUGUGCAGCCUAAAAAUGGCAUGGUCAUUAUAGCUGGCACUGGAAAAAAUACCUUCAGACGAAUGGGACAACCUAAAAGACUUAAUUUCAAUGUUGAGAUUAGCAAAAUGUCUUCUAAUAAGCUAAAACUAAGUGCAUUGAAGAAGAAAAAUCAGCUUGUCCAGAAAGCCAUCUUGCAAAAAAAUAAAUCUGCACAGCAGAAGGCAGACUUGAAAAACAGUGUAUCGGAGUCAGACUCUCACAUCUGCCCCUACUGUAAUAGAGAAUUCACUUACAUUGGAAGUUUGAACAAACAUGCAUCUUACAGCUGUCCCAAAAAACCCAUCUCCCCUUCCUCUAAAAAAAAUGCAUCCAAAAAAAGUGGGAGCUUCUCAUCAUCUGCAAGUGGCGAUAAAGGCAACAACCAGCGCAGACGGACGGCAGAUGCGGAGAUCAAAAUGCAGAGUAUGCAGGCUCACUUGGGCAAGACGAGAGCACGAACCUCAGGACCUGUGCAGAUUCAGCUGCCUACUGCAUCCUUCAAAUCAAAGCAAAAUGUAAAAUUCAUACCUCCAAUUAGAUCCAAAAAGCCAAGUCCCUCUUCAGUGUUAAGGAACUCCAGCCCUGUAAGAGUGGCCAAAAUGACUCACAUUGAGGGAAAAAAAACUAAAGUGGUGGCCAAGAAUAAUUCUGGAAUCUCAAGCAAAACAUCCCGGAAACUGCAUGUCAGAAUACAAAAGAAUAAAGCUGUUUUGCCAAGUAAGUCUGCCGUGGCAAACAAGAAAAAGGCAGAUAGGUUCAGUGUAAAAUCUAGAGAGAGGGUUGGAGGACCUAUCACUCGGAGCUUACAGCAGGCAGCUAAUGCAGACACAAUAGAAAACAAGAGAGAAGAGAGCAGUACAAAACAAGAACUAAAAGACUUCAGUUACAGACUCCGCACGGCCUCUAGAUGUCCCCCCUCCUCUUCUCAGAACACCAGCACCAGGCAAUGCAAGAGAUCCAGCUGCACGACGGCCCACUUCUUCAAGGAAUAGACUCUUCUGCACAUCAAACCAGUUCGAGUGAGACCAGGAGUUCAUCAGGAGAAAAAGGGGGGCCAGUGGUAUUCUGUGCCAGAAGCAACGGCAUCUUGUUGUCAUUGUCCUUCUUUGCAGAGAGCGAGUCAUGAACUAUGGAGGCCGGUGAAAGGAUGAUUCUAUCGCAUCCCCUGCAGUAUGAAGUCCACUCAUCCAGAGCCAGUGGAAUGGGAAAACAUUCAGAGAGAAUUGUAGAUUGUUGUGACCACAUUGGGAGGGCAGGUAGAUUUGGGCAAUUCUUCUCUUUCUGUUGGAACGUAGAGGGGUUGGACAUACUAUGCAAUUACAUCUUCAAAAGACUGUUACAUCAUUUUAUCUUCUAACUGUACUGUACACUUUAUAGAACUGAGCAACCCAUUGAAAAUCCACCCAGAGUGGAGAGUUUGCUGAGGUGUUCAUAUCCCAAAUCUGUGGGUACCCCAAUUUGAGCGUGUAUCAUGACCUUUAAGAUGUUGGAACAUUGCAAAGGUUGUGAUGCCACUGCUUUUAGAAGAUUGUAGGACUCGCAUCUCCUGGAAUCUCACCUGUUAAGUGGUCUCUGAAAUGCAGUGAUGGUGUCAGUCCAGUUUUCUAAUGGGACAAGCGUUCAUUUUGCGAAAAGCUUCCGUUAUAUUUGGCACUAGCUCGGCACCCAUUCAUUGCUGCCAUGAUUGAGUUUUACAAGCAUUCCUAAAAUGCCCAUCACAGUGCAUGGUACCAAGCAACAUCUUCCCACAAAUAGGGAGAUUAGUAAUUGUGACCCUCCAUUAGAGCCAAUCUAGUUUGGUUAGGCUUAGAGAGGAAGGAGCCAUGAUGAUUGACCACAGCCUGUAAAGACGAAGUUUCAGGGUGUUGCAGUUAGUGAGAAGGCUGAACAAAGAGAUAUAUUCUCUCUUGCUCAUAAAGGGCCUCGUUCACGCAGGUCUAUCAUAUGGCAGAGGUGACCUCUGCUUGCUUCCACAAACUUCACCUUUGUAGUUGCUUAAUGAAUUUGGAUGUCCAAUACCCAUUAAAAAUUAAUGUAAACCACAUAUCCAAAGCCACUGGGCAGCUUUGAAAAUCUCAGCACACUGAUAAAGCAAUUUAUGGGUCUUAGAUAUGUCUAGGAGCCUGCCCCAUUGUACCUAAUCUCCAAGUUACAGUCAUUUAUCUUUAUCGAAAGGUCUCCACAAUAAACUCUGCUGUACUGGAUGCAGCAAAUUCUCUUUUAUUUCAUUUACCUGUCCUUGUUUCUUCCUUUUUUCAUGAUCCAGAAUUUGUAUGGCAACACCUGCACUAGAGUUCUUUAGAAAACGGAUGAUCUUCCUGUAUGUUUUGACAGCACCUAACAUUGUAGCAACAAAUCGGAGAAAAAUACCAGCACCACUUUGAGGUAUCCCUAAAGUUUCCAGUGCAAUGUUGUUAGACAAUGAGCAUGUUUACUAAGUGAUGUAUUUUCACUUGUCACUCAGGGGCUCUUGCUUAAGAGAUGCCUCAUGUUGCGGCCUGAACUAUACUUAAAAUAGCCCACUCUUUUGAGACCUCCCUCAGUAUCUAGGAGUGGGCAAGGUGUUUUUAGAAAUGGAGAUUCUGGCUUGGAUUCUGCUGGGCUUAGUGCCUUUAAGGUAGACCUGUGACAUUACUAAAGCUGAAUUUUGUGCAGUUUACUUUUCUUUGGUUUUUUUUAGAGUGAUAUUAAUUAUACUGUUCAAGAAACUCAAGGAGAGAAGUGUGUAAAUGCUGUGAUUAUAUGAAUACUUUUCCCAGAGCAGUUUUGGUUUAUCAUGCAAACCUGUAAAUAUGUAUUUACAAUUUUAAAAGCACGUCUUUGCGUCCCUAUUGUAAAUGCUCCAUUUUUAAAGUUUUGUAUCUUGUUACUCCACUAAAGAUUGCAGCACCCAGUUUGACCUUGCAUCAGUCCACACUAAAAAUCCAUUACAGUCUGAGCCGUGGUAGAAAAAUAUCCACACCAUCAACAAGAAAUGUCCCAUUAUUGCAGUAAACUUUUCACUGUUUUCCCCUUAGACAACAAAAGAAGAUUCUUUGGAGGCAGGGAGUCCAUCUUUGCACAAUAAUUGAUUCAAACUCAUGGCAUUUCUAUAUGAUGAUGGGGACAUUUUCACCUGUGCAUAUUCAGGAAAAUUCACCAUUGUUUUCCAGGGCAGAAUUUCAAUUUUGCAACAACCCUCCACCAUGCCUGCUGGUGAAACUUGUGAAAUUUUGCCUUUGAUCUCCUCCCCCCCCCCAUCACAAAUUCUCAUGAAAAUUCAGGGGGGGGGGGGAGACCCAGGUUUUGCAUGUACAAAUUUGCAAGGCUGACGCUGGUAGCUCUGCAGCACUCUCAUGACACUUGUUUUUAAAAUAAAAAAUUCAGUAUAAACAAUGUGAAGACGUGGUGUUACCUGGUGGGGCUUGAGUUCUGAACAUUGCUCUGGAAAACUGAAGACUCUGUCUGCCAUGUAAAGAAAAAACAAUAAACUAAUGUGACGAACUGUCGCUUGGGAACGGUUACUGACUUGCCAGCACUUUCAGUCCACCAGUUUUGAAUCACAGCCAUGCAACAGGAGGGGUUGAAAUGGAGAAUUCCUUUGUGGGUAUCUCCUGUAACUUAAAUGCGGCCAAAGGAUAUUUUUUUUUUUUU